UGUAGGGUUUUAGAAAAUGUUCUUCAUUGUUUGGAGCUCCUCCGAAGAACGCUAUCAAGUUUCAACCUUGGCAGCCAUGGCGAAGCACCUAACCUAAUUCGUUAACUGAGUCUUAAUUUUAGUUUCUUCUAUCUCCGUGGGUGGCUCAGUGGGUGGGUUUUCAGAACCUGAUUUUCAGAUUCCUUUGAGUAUCUCCUCUGCAAUAUCAACCAUCGAUUUCCAGAUAUUAUGUUGAAGCAAGUGGUUACCAAGUAUUCCAUAGGUAAAGCGGCGAUUUAUGGAAGUAACAGAGAAAAGCUUAGACCUUUCCUGUGCCAAACCAGUUGUCGGUUCCACAAUGCACGGACUGUUUUUGCACCAAGAAGCUUCUUUGGUGUAGAAGACUACGUGGAUGAUGACACAAGCCGGCCUUACACAUACCAAAAAGAGAAAAAGUCGAAGAAUCCAGACAAGCAUGUGUCAUUCAAGCAACGAACAGUCGCAUACAUGGAGCCGUUCACUCUAGAUGUCUUCAUCUCAAAGCGCUUUGUUUCGGCAUCUCUCACUCACCGUGUCACGUGUAGGCAAGUUGCUGUUGCGGGAACAAACUCUAAAGACGUAAAAGCUGUUCUGAGGUCAAGAUGUGAUAUCCCGGCAUGUAUGUCCAUAGGGAGGAUCUUGUCCGAGCGUGCAAAAGAAGCUGAUGUUUACACGGCUUCUUAUACGCCAAGGGACCAAGAGAAGUUUGAAGGGAAGAUCAGAGCUGUUGUCCAGUCCCUUAUUGAUAACGGAAUUGAUGUUAAAAUUUAUCUCGAUUAGAAACCAAAUGUUUAUUGUGUCUGUGCUGGAAAUUAGGGUUUGAUUUUGAUUUUCCUAUCAAACCUUAUGGAUUCAACCAGAAACAAACUAAAUCCCAACAAUCUUGGAAAAAAACAGAACAUGUGACAAAGUCUAUUUUGAAACUGGAAUCCCAAGCGAGUCACUGCUCAUUA